AUGAAGAAGAGUGUUAGUUUCCCGGUAACUGUUGCCCUCGUGGCAUUGGUUUCCUCUCUUGCCUCUGCCUCUAAUCCAAGCCCACUGCAGGACACCUGUGUUGCCAUUGAUGAGCCCAAGGAUGCUGAGGUUACCAAGAACCAAAGGAAAAGAGCCUCCAGAUCUUUCCCAGGUAGCUGGGAGAAAACCAUGGAUUGCCAUAGUCCCGGACAAGGACUGAUGCCUGCCAGUUUCAAGGUGCGCACUGUUCCACUUGAUGGUGAUGAUUCUGCAACUGAAGAUGUAUUGGAUCCUGACUUUGGUGAGGCAGCAAUUGGCCGUGUCGCACCAGUGGAUUCUGGGUUGUGGUGGAUUAUAUUGCUGCGAGCAUAUGGAAAAUGUUCUGGGGAUCUUUCAGUUCAGGAGAGAUUUGAUGUGCAAACUGGAAUCAAGAUGAUUUUAAAGUUAUGCCUUGCUGAUGGUUUUGAUAUGUUUCCAACUUUAUUGGUGACGGAUGGUUCUUGCAUGAUAGAUCGCCGCAUGGGAAUUCAUGGCCAUCCUUUAGAAAUUCAGGCAUUGUUUUAUUCAGCAUUACUUUGUGCACGAGAGAUGCUUGCUCCUGAGGAUGGAUCAUCUGACCUCAUCUGAGCACUUAAUAAUCGUGUAGUUGCAUUGUCAUUCCACAUCAGGGAACAUUAUUGGAUUGACAUGAGAAAACUCAAUGAAAUUUACCGUUACAAAACAGAGGAGUACUCAUAUGAUGCAGUUAACAAGUUCAAUAUCUACCCGGAUCAGAUUCCUCCCUGGCUGGUGGAAUGGAUGCCCAGUAAAGGAAGCUAUUUAAUCGGGAACUUGCAACCAGCACAUAUGGACUUUCGUUUCUUUUCUCUUGGAAACCUGUGGUAUAUUGUAAGCAGUCUUGCGACAACGGGUCAGUCACAUGCCAUGUGGGAUCUUAUUGAAGCGAAAUGGUCAGAACUAGUGGCAAAUAUGCCGUUCAAGAUUUGUUAUCCUGCAUUUGAAGGUCAGGAAUGGCGAAUCACCACAGGCAGUGAUCCCAAGAACACUCCUUGGUCAUACCAUAAUGGAGGCUCGUGGCCAACUUUGCUCUAGCAGCUCA